AUGAAUGUAGACGGUGACGCCAAAUGGCUGGAGUGGGUGGCCCAGCAGUUUGAAAGUAUCGCCGGCGAGGAUAAAGAAAUUGAUUUGGAAGAGUUCAAAACUGCUCUCAACGUGAAGGAGUCCUUUUUUGCUGAGCGGUUCUUUGCUUUGUUCGACUCGGACGGAAGCGGCACCAUCAGCCUGGAUGAGCUCUUGGAGGCCCUGAAGUUGCUGUUCCACGGAAGCGAAACAGACAAGCUCCGGUUCCUCUUCCAUGUUUAUGACGUGGAUGGCAGUGGAUCUAUUGAGCCUGGAGAGCUGCGCACAGUCUUGAAAUCAUGCUUGAAAGAGAGUUCGAUCUCUUUACCAGAGAAGACGCUGGAUAAUCUCACGGCAGCCCUUUUUGAGUCAGCCGACUCUGACCGCAGCGGAGCCAUAACCUUUGAGGAGCUCCGAGCAGAGCUGGAACAUUUCCCUGAAGUCAUGGAGAACUUAACCAUCAGUGCUGCAAGCUGGUUAAAGCCCCCCACGACUCCCCAAAAGGACCACCUGCCGCGCUACCUUAGUCCGGCCUACUGGCACAACAAUGGGAGCAAGCUGCUUUUCCUGGGCAGCUACCUGGCUGUGAACAUCCUCCUGUUCACUUUGGCAGCAUUGAAGCAUGUCGGCUCCGGCGCUUGGAUCAUGCUGGCGAAAGGCUGUGGGCAGUGCCUGAACCUUAACUGCACCUUCCUAGUGGUGUUGAUGUUGCGCCGAUGCCUGACCUGGUUGAGGACUACUUGGGUGGCCAAAGUUCUUCCGCUUGAUCAGAGUGUCCUUCUCCAUCAGCUGAUCGGCUGCUCCGUGGCAGCCUUGAGCAUCCUUCACACAGGGGCUCACGUGGCUAACUUUGUGAGGCUGUCUCAGACCAACAGCACCUUCUACCUCUGGGAACAUCUCUUCACCACACGGCCCGGGAUCGGCUGGGUUUAUGGAACUGCUUCCAUCACCGGCCUGGCUCUGCAGCUCCUCCUUGGCCUCAUGUCCGUAUGCUCCAGCACCUUUGUCCGCAAGAGCGGCCACUUUGAGGUCUUCUACUGGACCCACCUCUCUUAUGUCUUCAUCUGGGCUUUAUUAAUUGUCCACGGACCCAAUUUCUGGAAGUGGUUUUCUGUGCCUGGAUGUCUGUUCCUUGUGGAGAAGAUCUUUGGGGCGGCCUUGUCCCGCACUAGGAGGCUCUACAUUGUGGAAAUCAACCUCUUGCCCUCAAAGGUGACCCACUUGGUGAUCCAGAGACCCCCGUUUUUCCACUACAAGCCUGGCGACUAUGUGUACCUAAAUAUCCCAGCUAUAGCCAAGUACGAAUGGCACCCGUUCACCAUCAGCAGUGCCCCGGAGCAACCAGGGACCAUCUGGCUCCAUAUUCGGUCCCUGGGACAAUGGACCAACCAAUUGUAUGAAUACUUCUGGCACCAAGACGACCUUCGUGACUAUGAACGUGCCACAAAGCAACAGAACAAAAACAGCUCCAAGAAAUUGGAAAAGAAAUGCCUCUUUGGUUCCUCUGACGUGGAACAGCCUGUGGCCAACAGCGAAGAUGAGAUGGUGGAGAUCUUAUCCUACAGGAGCAUUGACUCUCCCAGUGGAAGGACUUCAAAUGAGGAGGAAUUUAACUCUGUCACAUCAAGGUAAAACCUACUGCUUGCUUCACCACACCUGAAUUGUUACAUUGAUGGUCCUUAUGGCACUCCCACACGGAGGAUCUUCACCUCGGAGCAUGCAGUGUUGAUUGGUGCAGGGAUUGGAAUCACUCCUUUUGCCUCUAUCUUGCAAAGCAUCAUGUUCAGAUACCAUAAGCAGAAGCAAACUUCCCUCAGCCAGGAUCUCACAUUGAAUGAGAACCUCAAAAACGAUAACAUGAAACUUCAAAAGGUGGACUUUAUCUGGAUUAACCGAGACCAAACAUCCUUUGAGUGGUUUUUAAAGCUCCUGAUGCAACUGGAACACAGCCAGGCCGAAGGAGACCCUAGUGACCGCUUCCUGGAGAUGCACCUCUACAUGACCUCGGCCCUCAACAGGAAUGACAUGAAGGCCAUUGGUUUGCAGCUGGCCUUGGACCUGCUUGCCGAAAAGGAGAAAAAAGACUCCAUCACAGGCCUGAAGACAAGGACCCAGCCUGGACGCCCAAAUUGGAACAAGGUGGGCUCCCAAAAAGUUGUCUACUUGCAUUCCCCCUCCCCCAACACCUUAAGAUUGUAUAGUUUCGACCUCUGCUUGAAGACCGCCAGAGAAGGAGAUUCCAACAUACCUCGAGACAGAAGUCCAUUCCACUGUGAGGCGGUUCUCGCCAUCAGGAAGUUCUUCCUAAUGUUUAGGUGGAAUCCUUUUUCCUGA